CCCUUCCCACCCUGACAGGCUGCAGAGUAACAACCACCUUUUGCUCCAGAUUCACUUCAGAUUGUCACAUCACUCUAGGGGCCGGGGAAGGGAAAUGCCUGCAGUGGACCCGGCUCAGCACAGAGAAUGACUCCUGUCUGGAUUCUCUCUCUGUCCCAGCAGGUGGUGAGAUGGUGAGUGAGGGCAAUGAAGAGAGUCCUUGUCCGGCACGUCCUGAGCGAAUGGAACCAAAGGGGUCGUUGCUGGGAAGGUGUGAAGGGGAUGAUUCCCAGAGUCCUGGGCAGGGACAAGCCCAAGAAAAUCAGUGCAGCCCAGAGAAGCAGCAGGGAAACCCCCCAGGGAAGACACUGGAUGAAUCCACUCUCCGAGGUUUGGAGGAUUGUAAUGAGGCCACGAUCCAGCCGAGAACCUGCACUAAGGAGAAGCGUUUCGAAUGUGCUGAGUGCAGGAAACACUUCAGUUCUGGAUCACACCUUAUUAGACAUCAGAGAUCUCACACGGGAGAGACCCCCUAUAACUGCUCUGAGUGUGGGAAACAAUUCAAUGACCAAUCAAACCUUAUUAGACAUCAGCGAACCCACACAGGAGAGAGACCCCAUAAGUGCCGUGACUGCGGGAAAAACUUCAGUCAGAGGUCAGGCCUUAUUGUACAUCAGAGAAUCCACACAGGAGAGAAAUGCCAUAAAUGCCCUGACUGUGGACAAACCUUCACCCAGAGUGCACAUGUAACUAGACAUCAGAGGAUUCACACGGGCGAGAGACCCUAUGGAUGCCCAGAGUGUGGAGAAAGCUUCGCUUGUACCUCAGAUCUUAUUAUACACCUGAGAGUCCACACGGGAGAGAAACCCUAUAGAAUGUUCCUGCUCUCUGUGGCCGAGGGGGAUGUUCUGAGCGGGGGACUCUUGUUGUUGAUACAGGUGCCCGUGACCUUCGAAGAGGUGGCUGUGUAUUUCACUGAGGGGGAAUGGGCACUGUUGGACCCGGGUCAGAGAGCCCUGUACAGGGACGUCAUGCUGGAGAAUUACAGGAAUGUGACCUCGCUGGGUUUUCCAAUUUCCAAGCCCAGCGUGAUCUCCCAGCUGGACCAAGGGGAAGAGCUGUGGGUCCCUGAUCUCCAGGAGUCCCAGGCUAGAGAGAUCCAGAGAAACAUCCCCAGAGGUGAGAGAUUGGUUAAACGGAUGUGGAAACCAUCCCUCAUUGACUUAAAGUGCUGGGAUUCCCACGCAGGCCCCUUGAGCUCCUCCAGUUCUAACUCAUUGCCUCCGGGUCAGGAUUGUGCCCAGCAGGUGUCAUGACCUCCUGGCAGACAUAAUUCAUGGCUUUCCACGCAUCCUGACUGACCCCUGGCAGUAGCUCCCUGCCCCCUGACUGUUCAGAUGGAUGUGGAGGAAGAAUUGGGUGUUCUCCUUCCAGGUGUGUGAGUGCUCAGUGAUCUGUAGCCAGAGAGCUUUCCCUGGUGGUACCUGUCAUUUGCCAUGCAUGUCCUCGUGUAUCCACCCCAGCACCCUCACAGCUCCUUCUCACCACUGGUGUCUGGUGGUCAGAGUUCU